CAAAUCUUAUGACGUCAGCCAACGCAGUAUAAAAGGAUCGCUUGAUUGAAACACAAGUAUAGUUCUGUCUACUGCAGUUAGACAAAAUGCAACUUUACAUGACAAGAAGAACGCUAUACGCACUCCUGUCCUUGCUGCUGGGGUUUUCAGGAGCGAGUGCGGCGUUGGCUUCACUCAAUACUAACGCCUUUCUUACCGGGACCAUUGAUGUUCCGUCUGCAGCAAGAGUGAGUAAACCGGUCAUACCCGUGCUAGCCAGAGCGGGUAAACCGGUUCCACCUGUGCUAGCCAGAGGUUUACCAACCAUUCAAAAAACCUUUUCAAGCAUUGGUUCCGGUGUUUUAAAUAACCCAGCAGCUGCAUCAGUUAUUCAACUGUCAGUGAACCAAGCUCUCGACACACUUGCAACAGCAAAGCGGAGCGAAGUCAAACAACGAGUAUUUGAUACGGUGGACAGCGCCACACCUGGGUUCGGUCCACAUCUUCAGACCAGUCCGCAGGCCACGGCACUGGCCGAGUUUGCUGACCUCAUGUUAGAGACGGCCAAGGACACGACAAGCAGACUGAGCAACCAGGCAAGGCCACAGAUUCAGCAGGCUCUCAGUAAAGUCGGCACUACUUUCCUAGUCCCAGCCAGACGGAAGUGUCCCUUCGUUAGGCCGUCAUGUAACUCGAGCUAUGAGUACCGGUCAAUCGACGGGUCGUGCAACAACGUGAAUAAUCCUCUAUGGGGCAGGGCCUUCACAGCGUUUGAACGAUUUCUCCCUCCCGCAUACGAUGACGGAGUCAAUUCGCCAAGAACCCGGGGUCUGUUCUCUCCACUUCCCUCCGCACGCAACAUAAGUUUGGAGGUACAUACUAAUCUAAAGGUCAAGGCCAAGCUGCUAAGUCACCUUGCCAUGGAAUUCGGACAAUUCGUCAGUCACGAUAUUCAGAUGAACGCUCUCGCUAAAGGGUAUGGCGGCAGAAACCUCGAUUGCUGUCGAUUUAAAAAAAGGAGGAACUGUUUCCAUAUCCCUGUAGCUGACAAUGACGAAUUCUUUGAUAGAGACUGUUUGAAUUUUGUUCGAGCACUUCCAGCGCCACCCCUCGACUGUAGUCUAGGUCUUCGUCAACAGUUAAACCAAGUGACCCACUUCUUAGACGGAUCGGUAAUAUACGGCUCCGACCUAGCAACGCAGAAACUACUUCGUGACGGAGCGUUCCUGCAAUCUCAGGGCAACAAUGACCUGCUGCCAUUAAACCCCAAUGCUGUUUGUGCUCAGGCUUCUAGAACUAAGUGUUUCAGAGCAGGAGACGUUCGAGUGAACCAACAGCCAGCCUUGAUUUCACUCCAGACAGUGUGGAUGAGGCACCACAACAACGUAGCUAGAACAAUGAAGAACGCCAACCCUGACAUGAAUGACGACGAUGUCUUCCAAAAAACUAAGAAAAUCGUUAGCGCCCAACUUCAGCACAUCACCUACAAUGAAUGGCUUCAGGAAAUCCUCGGGACCAACGUAAUGAACCAGUUUGAUCUGAAACCUAAGCCGGCCGGGCAGUACCACACUGGUUACAACGCAGCCGUCAAACCAAUGAUCAGGAAUGCCUUCUCGGCAGCUGCCUUUAGGUUCGGCCACAGUUUGAUAGCCGAUGAUAUAACAGAGAAAAAGUCGUCCGGCACCACCCUCAAUCACAGACUCCACACUACAUUCCUCAAGCCAGAACUCGCCUACAACGGAGGUGUCAACUCCAUAAUGACAGGAAUGUACAACUCGCCAUCACUAAAGACAGACAAUCAUGUCACGCACGAGGUAACCAGACAUCUGUUCCAGACGGCUCCGAAAAAUGGAAUGGAUCUGGCAGCUACUAAUAUUCAGAGAGGACGUGACCACGGUAUAUUUGAUUAUAACACGUGGCGAGUGGCGUGUAAUCUAGACCUUGCUUCGAACUUUGAAGCAUUGGAUCUACAUUCAGUCACAAUGAGAAAUCUUCUGAAGAAAGUAUACGAUACUGUGUUUGACAUUGACUUGUUCACGGGAGGCGUGUCAGAGGAAGUCGUUCCAGGGGGAAAUAUUGGCACUACAUUUGCGUGUCUUGUGGGCAUACAGUUCCAAGCUCUGAAAAAGGGGGAUAGAUUCUUUUAUGAAAGUGAUACAAACGUCAAAUUCCCGAUUGAACUGUUAGAUGAAAUAAAGAAGACAACUAUGGCGAAAAUCUUAUGUGACACCACAGGAGUGACAUCCAUUCCCCGAAAUGUAUUCCGAAAGCAAUCAUCAAGCAAUCCUGCGAUAAACUGUGGAUCUUUUCCAAACCCGGACCUGGCCUUAUGUAUACCUAUCGAUGGUCAAUUGAGCUCCUGGUCAGCUUGGUCUGUGGCAAAAGGAUGUAUCCCUGUGAGCACAAGGACGAGACAAUGUAAUAAUCCAGCCCCGAGUCCAUGUGGACAGCCAUGCACUGGAUCUCAAAGAGAUGUGAAGAUUGGCGGAACUGGAGGUGGAAUAUUUGAUCUCACCGGUAACAAUUGUGGCUCAAGGCAGCCAGGCCCGAUCAAACGCUUCCCUAUACCAACUUUAACUCCAUUUCCAGGUUUUCCACGAAUUCCAAAGUUACCAAACAUUCCAAGACUGGAUUUCCGCCGAAACGCUAUGCAAUGAAGAAAUUAUGAAAAGAACUUACCGAUAUUUCAGUCCCAAUAAGAAGAACCCAAUGUUUAAAAACAUGAGUUAUGACAUGUCAUUAUGCAUAUCAGAUGUGGAAAGAGAUUACCUGAUAUCUGGCUUAUAUCAGUGUAAGAAGUGCUUACUCCACUGAACAAACCUGUUGAACAUGACAAAUAAGAGCGAAAUAUUAUUGCAAUAUGACUAGGGGAUGUUCGUUUCUUUUUCUCCGCGUAAUAUUCUAAAUGUCCGGAUGUCUAAGCUUUAUUCACUGGCUCCAUAUAGUUUCAAUAAUGUAAACGUGAACAGUUAAAGAAAUCCACAAUCGAUGACAGCACAUGUUUGCAGUCGAAAUCAAUGGCAGAAAUCGUAAAUACAUUGUAGUUACAGAAAUUGACAGCCGGUGACAGCAUUAGGUUAACAUAGAUAUAUAUGGCGCUCAAAACGUUAAAGAAAAACAUGGUAUGCUGAUGCGAACUCCGUGACCUUUUUGUUACAUAAUGGUGAUAGGAUGAUAUCUACAAGUGUGUAGUCUGUAGAUUCACGCAAUGAUUACAUACAAAGUGACGAUUAAUAGCCCGAUGUCAUCGGCCUCUGUGACAUCAGCCUCUCCAACUUAUGGACGAGACUCAAUGGGUUAAUGAUCGUUGAUCUUUCGAUUCUGGUACUUUUUUACAUUAUGUUUCUAGGAUUCUAUGGAUUUUCAGUCGAGGAGGUUAAGAAGAUUGAGACUUUUGAACAAUUUUAUCUCUUUAACAUAACCAACAUGAGAAGAACACUGUUCACUUCAACGUUUGUCUUUGAAUCGUUCAUUUUAAUGAGUGAGUUUCAAAUAAAGUAUUCAUUUGGGAUCAUGAGCGGUUUGAUUAGAUGUGUUUGAACAUAUUACAUUGUUUGUCCCAGUUUGAACAUAUUACAUUGGUUUUCCCGCUUUGAACACAUUACAUUGGUUGUCCCGAAGUACAAUGUAUGUGUUAUGUGUUUGUCAGGAUUACGCCCUUACAUGUGUGAACCAAAAUUAUUUGUUUGAUUUAGUGUGUUCGCUUGUUCCAUAUGGUCAUUUGAAUGAGUGUACCGGAAGUAUCUUUGUAACGUGUGAUCAUUUGAAUGAGUAUGCAGUCCUUUAAGUUAUCUAUGUAUUAAAACCAAACACAGGCGUAAUAGAAUAAUGUCUACUCCCUGACGAGCAAUGAUAUGAAAGAGAAAUUAAUAUGUAUUAACUGAAAACGAAACACUCAUAAACUUUUAUUUUAAUA